GACCCAUGCACACUGCCACACCUUAAAAUGCUCACUGACCAAUCAACCACCACCGAGCAUCUCCAACAGCGCUCGCUUUUCACCCAACAGCCCAAUAGGUGGCUGCGUGGGGCGGGAUUAGCACUACAGCCUCUUCCUGGUUCGCAAUGCUGCCUAUGGAUGCUAAAUAUCUUUAAUACAAAACCAUAAAUAAGUGAAAGUAAUCUAUCUGUCGUAACUGUAGCUCUGUGGGAUACCGGUGACGAUGGGUUUGCUGACGAUUUUAAAGAAGAUGAAGCAGAAGGAGCGCGAGAUGCGGCUGCUGAUGUUAGGUCUGGACAACGCGGGGAAGACGACCAUCCUGAAGAAGUUCAAUGGAGAAGACGUUAGCACCAUCUCCCCCACGCUGGGCUUCAACAUCAAAACACUGGAGCACAGAGGGUUUAAAUUGAAUAUUUGGGAUGUAGGAGGUCAGAAGUCACUACGUUCCUACUGGAGGAACUACUUUGAAAGCACAGACGGGCUGGUGUGGGUGGUGGACAGCGCAGACAGACUCAGACUGGAGGACUGCAAGCAAGAGCUCAGUGCACUGCUGCUGGAGGAGAGAUUAGCUGGUGCUACGCUGCUGGUGUUUGCCAACAAACAGGAUUUACCAGGAGCCCUGUCAAAAGAAGCGAUACGAGAGGCUCUGUCCCUGGAUGAGAUCAAAACUCAUCACUGGUGUAUCAUCGGUUGCAGCGCAGUAACUGGAGAGAAUUUAUUAGCAGGAGUGGACUGGCUAUUAGAUGAUAUUGCUGCAAGGAUCUUCACCGCUGACUGAGUGUGUUUUUUUCCAAACAGCAGUCUCUCAUGUUUGCUAAGCUCUGACACGACUCCAGGCUGAUCAUGAUUGGACAACAGAGGUCUCAAGUGUCAGAAUAGAGCUCAACAAGACUGUUUUUUGUUGUUUGAGGUCUCCAGACACACAGACACCUGUGCUGUCUGGACCCAUCAUUACAGGAAUCACAAUCUGGCUUUUAUAUAUUUUUUAUUUUGAUAUUGACAGGGGACCGCCUAUUCAGUUGUUAUGUAACAGAUAAAGAGAUCAGUGUGUGAAUUUAUGAAAAUGAAAAAGUAAAUUCACCAAAUACUGAUGCCAAAAUGUUUUUUGUUUACAGUAUGAAAUGUACUGACUCACAUGAACAUUUUUGCUCCAGCUUCUAUAUUUUGUGGUUCAUCAGAUUUUUGUGCCUCACUAAAGUGUGUCCUAAUAAAUUGAAAUGUCUUCUGAA